AUGGAAAUGGAAAAGAUAGCACAAGGUUCGGGAGUAGCAGAUAUAUUAGGGGCAGUUAAAGAAUUUGGAAAUCGAUUUAGUGAAGAAACCAAGAAAACUGUUAAAGAGGGAUUAAGUAAUCUAAUAGAUAAAAUCCACACCGGAGGAAUGAAGAUCUACACAACAACACCAGAGCAAUCAUAUUAUCAAUUCCUCAAAGCUUUAGAAUAUAUACCAAAGAAAGACGUUCAAGACAUAUUUAAAUAUUAUGAAGACAACGAUGAGAUAGAAAUAAAAGAUAUCUUAGAUCCAUAUAUAAAAGAAAAGAAUCCAUCUUUCAAUCCAAUGGAUCUAAAAGUUUUCUUACGAAAAAUAUUACAACAACUUGGAUUAACAGAAAAUCUACAAACUCUAUUUCAACCAAUAUUAAAAAGUCAAGAGGAUAUUAAAAAGAGACUCGCGCCUCGAAUAGAACCCCAUAAAGAUCCCCCAAAACCGAUUGAAUAUGGUGGUUUUAUAAUUAGGACAUUAGGUGAUAUAAAACUUUAUUUUUCAAAUCCAAACCCAGAUUUGCCAAAGAGCAUUACACCAAUUGUUGAUAAUGAAGGGUUAUUGUUUAAUGGAUUUAGAAUAAGAUUUAGUGCAAAUUCACCAAUAUUCAAAAUCGAUACAAAAGACUUUAUAUUUACAUUAACAGAAGGAUUAAUAGAUUUAAUUAAUGGCGGGGAUGUUGAUAUUGCCGAUUACAAGGAUUUAGUAGAAUACUCAGAAUUUCUACAUAUGAUUAGAAAGACGGGGCCCGAAACAAGAAGAUUAAAAGAAGUUGAUCAUUAUAUAAAAGCUAUUAAUCAAGAUGAUGAAUAUGCUGAAGACAAUCCAAUCACACAACAAAUAGACGAAUUGGAAGAGGAGAUAGCUAGAGAAAACAGUGGACAAGGUAUAACGUUUUUAUCCGACAACAACGAGGAACUACUUAAUAGAUUAGAAAUAAUAUUAGCAGCAAUGAAAGAUGGCCAUCGUUCAGACAGACAAUAUAAUGAAGUAAAUUGCAUAUUAAGAAGAUUCUUAGAGAAAGGUAUUAUAGAUAAAAAAAAAAAAAAGGUUUUAAACGUAAUUGAUAAAAUUAUCCAAUAA